AUGAUUUCUGCUACGAGUUGGGUCCCAAGGGGCUUUGCAGCAGAGUUUCCUGUCAAGUACGAUUUAAAUGACGAAGAAGUCGAGCGGAUAUCCCACUUGGCCAAGCUACAGUUGAAAGACGCUCAGGAGGCUCUUGAGGAGGCAGAGGCCGAGGGUGCUGAUGUCAAUGCUGAUGCUGAUGCUGAAGUGACUGAGGCUGCUGAUGAAAAUGUUGAUGUCGCUGUUAAAUCUGAAAAGAAGAGUGUGAAAUUUAAUGCUAGCAAUGAAGAUGGUGAUGCUGAGGUCGAAGAGGACGACGACUUGAAAGAGUAUGAUCUGGAAAAUUACGAUAACGACGAAGACGAAGGAGAGGGUGAGAAAAUGGGAAUGUUCAAUGGUGUUCAAUCUCUUGCAUACUACGAACCCGGUGAAAAGGAUCCUUAUAUUACUCUUCCUAAUGCUGAGGAUGAAGACGAAGAGAGAGAAGAACUACAAAUCCUGCCCUCUGACAAUCUUAUCUUAGCUACCAAAACUGAAGACGAUAUCAGUUACUUGGAAGUUUAUGUUUAUAACGAGAACUCUGAGUCCAAAAAUGACGAGGAAGAUGCUAUUGACGAACCUACUUUAUAUGUUCACCAUGACCUGAUGCUUCCCUCGUUCCCUCUUUGUGUAGAGUGGAUUGGUUACCAGGCUGGUAACAAAGUACAGGCAUCUGGUCCUGAUAGAGUUGGUAAUUUCGCUGCUAUCGGUACUUUCGAGCCAGAAAUUGAGGUUUGGAAUUUAGAUGUUGUUGACAGCGCUUACCCAGACCUUAUUCUUGGUCAACGUCCAGACAAUGCCAAUGACCAUUUGUCGGUUGGCCCUAGUAAGAAAUCUAAAAAGAAGCAGAAGAAGAUCAACUCCAAGCUGAGAAACGACCAGUACCAUGUUGAUGCUGUUCUGUCCUUGUCAGCAAACAAACUUCAUAGAAACUUGUUAGCAUCUGGUUCUGCUGAUACCACUGUAAAGCUGUGGGAUCUGAACAAUGGAGUGUGUGCUAAAAGUUUCCAAUUCCAUGACAAUAAAGUCAGUACUGUUGCAUUUAACCCUGUUGAGGGCUCGAUUUUGUUGUCUGGUGGUUACGAUGCCACUGCUAUUGUUUCUGAUUUAAGAGUCAGUGGAUCCGAGGGCCAGCGUAAAUGGAAGGUCGACGGUGAUAUUGAGGGAGGCCUCUGGGCCAGCAAUGGUAACGAGUUUUAUAUCUCUACAGAACACGGUCGCAUUCACAAGUUUGACGCUCGUCAAGAAGGCAAAAGUCUGUGGACUCUUCAAGCUCACGAUGAUGGUAUCACCAGUUUCGACGUCAAUAAGUUCAUUGAUGGAUACAUGGUCACUGCAUCUACCGACAAAAGCACCAAACUGUGGAACCUAUCGCCUGCCAGUGGACCUUCUCUCAUUCUUUCCCGUGAUUUGGACAUUGGCAAGGUCUUCUCUGUUGGCUUUGCCCCUGAUAAGGAGGCUGUUGGCCACGUGGUGGCUGCUGGUAGCCAGGGUAUUGUCAGAGUAUGGGACACUCUCUCAAACAGAACCGUCCGUGGCAGUUUUGGAAAGCAGGUCUCGACCCUUCGCAAAGAGUCUGCUAAGGAAGUCAUUGUUGGUGUCACCGAAGACGAUGAAGAGGAGGACGACGACGAAGCCGGUGCCGACGCUGCUGAAAAUGGCGGUGACUCCGAUGAGGAAAUGUAA